AUGCUCCCGCCUGGACUCAUCAGGAAGCUCGGUCACCAGCUGGCCGAGAUCCGGGAGCGCGCCCUUCGGAGUAUCCUCUGCAAGAUCGAGCACAACCUGCUCUGCCCUGGGGACCUCGUUCAGGAGAGGCUUCUCUUUGUCCACUUGCUGGAAUGGUUCAACUUCCCGUCCGUUCCCAUGAAAGAAGAUGUCCUCAGCCUGCUCAACAGCUUAGUUAAGUAUCCCCCCGCUGUCCAGCAUCUGGUUGACCUCGGCGCAGUUGAGUUCUUAGCCAAGCUUCGUUCGAAUGUGGAGCCGGAUCUCCAGGCGACGAUUGAUGGCAUCCUUGAUGGACUCUUUGUCCUCCCUUCAGAAGACCCAGCACCGCUGUGCACCCUGGCUUCUCAGCCCACCCCAACUGAUUUUCCACAGAAAUCUGAAAUCUUGACUGGGUAUUUCCCUCAAGACAGAAGUCGUUUGCAGCAAACAGAAGCCUUGGCACAGCCCCCAGUGAACCGGACCGUGCGAUGCUUGAAGUUCUCCGUGUUUCCUUGGCUGCCUUUGACCACGACAGACAGACACGUCCUUUCCUCUAAUGAAAGUUCAUUGAGCAGUAAUAACCACACUUUGAUCUGGAAUACUUGUGAACUCUUGAAGGAUGUUAUCAUGCAAGAUUUUCCUGCUGAGAUUUUCCUGCAGAGACCCAAAAUAGUCCAGGGCCUCCUGUCGCUGCUGAGGCUGGCCUUUGGGGGUGACGGUAGACACCGUCUGGCCCUGCAGGCAGUGUCGUGCCUGCACCAGCUGUGUGUCAGCUUACGAAGCCGGCUCAACUUCCACCGAGACCCCGGCUUCUUCUCCAGCAAGCAAGACACGGUUUCCCAGAAUUCGUCUUUGUCUUACUGCCAUGAGGGCAGAGACGCUCACCCUUCACAGAACCCUUCCCCGGGGAGCAGCAGCCCCCGGCCCUCUGUGGUCGGGCGCACGGGCCAGCGUCCCCGUGGUGACGGCCAGGACUGGGAUGCACUGUCUUCCAGCGGCAGCAGUGGCCACGCCCAUGUGCCCUCCAGGGUGUCUGUCCCCUCUCCCCUGGAAGUGGGGGCCGGGGACCUGCCUGAGGUGGGGACAGAAGACUCCCUGCGGCUGCAGCUCGAGCAGCUCAGCCUCCCCCAGUUCUGCAUCUGCGUGCUGGAGUCUGCCGUCCCGCUGCUGAGGACAGGGAGUAGACAGAUGAUAAUAGGAGUUCUGGAACUGCUCACAGAGAAUCUGAUGCUUAUUGGUGAUGCCCUUUCAGCAGCUAUCUGGGAGGACAACAGUCUUUUUGCAAUAGAUAUGAGGGAGAAGCUGCUCACUGUGGUGGAGUCCCUCGGGGAGACCAUGGCCCAUCACAGGAGCGCCAUUCAUCCGGGGCAGGUGGAGGCGGUGCUGGUGCACCACAGGAUGGCCUGGGUCAGCAUCUCGCUCUUCACCGUGCGGCUCCUGCAGACGCUGCUCCCCGUGGAACAGGCGGGCCGGUUUUUACCUGAGCCCGUGUCGGCCGCCCUGUUCCUCCUUUCUCUGGACAUGCCUUUUUCUGUGGAAUAUCCAAGUAUUAGUGAAGCCGUGGUCGCCUAUUUGGAGCAGCUGAACUCUGAUGACUACAGUGUUUACAGGAGGACCGCGGAAGCCGCUCAUUCCAUCGAGAGCACCUGCAGCUUCUUGGCUGAUGCUGCAAAGGAGGGAGAGAAGAACCUCUUGGAGCUGCUGGAGCUGGCGGACCAGGCCUUAUGCAGCCUCCCUUUCCAUCAGCACUGGCCCCUGAUCAAGGAGAGCGUCUGCAUUUGCUCCAAGAUCGGGAAGUCGGCUCAGGCCAGUCCGUUACUGCAGGAGGAAAGUCAGAAGGUGCUCCUGCGACUGAUGGCCCACCCGUGCACCGAAGUACGAGCGGAGACCUACCGCUGCUGCCUGCAGAUUGUCAAGGAAUGCCUAAGUAUCCAUAAUGUCAGUAAACCUGUGUCUUCAGUUUGUCAUGGGAUUCACUUUCUACUUCACCCAAAAGUUCUGUACGAAAUAUCCACUUUUGGCAUCCAAGAACCACAAAAUGAGGUGAACGCUGCUGCCAAGGCCAUCUUGCUGUACCUGCUUCAGGGCCGCCUGAUGAUGGCACCUCUGACCUGGAACAAGCUCCUGGAGGCUCUGUGCCCCGUCCUCCCGGUGCUGCAGGGCUCUGCAGACACGGAGGACACACUGGGGAGCUGCAUCCUCGCCCUGAGCAGAGCAGGCCCCAAGGCGGGCGACGUCCUGCUGCCCCACACCGCCUGGCUGCGCUCCGUGCUUCGGCUCCUGCUGGUGAAGAAGCCGGCGGUCCGCUCCUUGGCGUUGAAGCUGCUGGUGGUCCAUCUGAUGCAGGAAGAGGAGGCCGACAUGAAGCGUCCUCCCCUGGACGCCAAGCUUCUCUCCAGGGUCACUCACUUGUUUAUUGUGAAGAAACCCAUUGAGCUCAAGCUGGAUGACAGAAGAGAAGCUGUCAUCAAGGUGGAGACUGUUGAAAAAUUGUAUGAGAUCUUUACUUCGGACGACGUUGAUUCUGGUUUGAGAAGGUCAGCCGCGGAGCAGUUAGCUGUGAUUUUGCAAGAUAUCAAAAUGCAUGCUGUGGUGAAAAAGUUAUGCUUAAUUGACAAGAUAAUUGAGAAUUUAAAUAGAUGUGUGUGUCAAGACGGGGAGGUUGCAGCAUGUCUGGUCCCCCCGAGCCUCACGCUGUUCAGGAAGGUGCUGUGGGCCGACCCCGCUCUGCGCUGCUCCCUCUCCGAGAGGCCUCGCCUGCUCACUUUGCUGCUCAGAGUUGCUUUAAUAUUCCAUGAAAAUUGUGCCAUUGUGACUGAAAUAGGAGCAAUAUUUUGUCUUCUAUUAUUUAACGAAGUAUCACAAAUGGAUGUAUGGUGCACUGACCCUCCCGGCCAGCCCUCGUCGCCAGCGGUCUUCAGUCUGCCUCUUUCUGUUAUUAGAAGGUACCACCUCCCAGUGCAUGUCUGUGGUCAUCAUGCCGUCAGUCCUUUCACCAUCGUCUUGCCUCUGUCCGCCGACUGCCUGGCCCAGAAGCCGGUGUCAGAUAUGCUGAGAAUAGCCUGGAACCUGGCCUGGUAUCAUGGGGUUGACAAUCUGCUGCAAUCCACGAGCUCCGAGGCCAGCAGCCCAGAGUUUGUCGAGGCCUUGCGACUGUCUGCCGAGGACACCCUCACUCUGCGGGUCACACACACGGCCAGUGGCCUGCAGGACUGCCUCCAUGCCAUCGUCCAGGCCGCAGGCCACCGGGAGGUCAGGGCUGCUGUCACACGCAUGGGGUUCUAUCUUCUCAACGACAAGCUGUCUUUAAAGAGUGGUGCUGGCCUACGCGGGGUCUCCUCUAAGGCUUCGGCCUGGCACAAUGCACUGAACAGGUUUUUACAAGUGCUUCCUGCUUGUACUGAGGAUGAGAAGCUGCUGAUAGAUGUCAUACACUUUUUAAAUAAAUUAAUGAAGGAACAAAGGACAUCGUCAUCAGAGGAACUUUUAACCUGGAUUCUGGAGUUACUUCUUAGACAAGGUCCGAACCCCUUGCUGGACCUGCUGGUUCCGAUGGAGGCCGAGGCGCGGGAAGCUGUGGAUGAUGUGCGGGCGGCCGUGAGGCAGCAGCUGCAGAAGGAGCUCAUCGGCCUGUUCAGUACCUCGCUGCUCCGCUUCCCGGCCGCCGCCGACAGGAAGUGCCUGGAGCUCCUCCGUGUCCUCCACACACAGCUGGCUUUGCGACUGCUGCAGUGUCUGCGGGUGACGGAUGCCCCCCACUUCUACGGCCUGCCCUCCCUGGAGCGAACCCUGCGGGCCAUGGCCCACCUCACUGCGGCCCCGGGCUGGAGCGCUCACUCUCCGCUCACAGAGCCGCUUGACAUUUGUUCCAAGUACUUGUCCGGCCUGCUGGAGGUCAUCACUUCUUUCUACGUGGAGCGAGGCGGGAAUGCGAUGUCCUUCAUGGGCAAAGGUGUCACCAAGAGUACUGUGCUGUGUCUGCUGCACCUCUCGCACGAGAUGAUGACCCAGGCCCCAGGCUCGGACUGGAUGCCACUUUGGUUCCUGCCUUUGGGCAGCCACGGCGACGAGCGUGUGUCCCCUCAGCAAGGACUGACGUGGCUGAUCCCCCUGUGGGUCGACCGGGACCCAGAGGUGAGAUUCACUUCACUGGCCUUGGGAUCGGCGCUGACGACCUUGGAAAGCGGCUGCGUGGCCUUGGCGAGCAGCUGUCAGAACAUUUCCGGCGGGCUCUGGGGGACUGUGGUGAGCAUCCUGUUGGACCAGUCGGAGUGCAGCAUGGUACGCCGCGAGGCUGCCUUUAUUCUGCAGAAUCUCCUUGUUAUUCCAAUGCCUACAGAAGUUAUAAAGGAUUGUACUUGGCAGGGCCCCUGUGUCCAUGACGAGGACUCAGGCCUGUCGCUUGUAGGAAAGCCUGCUCUACAGGCCCUUCUGUACCACUGCCACUUCUAUGAGCACCUGGACCAGAUGGUUCGGCAUUGCUUCCUGGGGCGCUGCACCUUCGAUCUGGACGGCUCGCCGCUGGGUCAGCGCUCAGACAGCACUAGUUCAAACAGUCUGGACGACUCCUUCAAGUUCUGGAGGACCCCGACUCCGCUGUCCAGUCAAGAUCAGGACCCAAGCUCCCUAUCCACCUCGGAAACAAUGGUGACACCUUCAGGGGGACAUGCUGAGUUACAGCCACCGGUGCCGUCAGCCACGACACUUACGUCCGAUGUCUCACACGACCAGUUUGUGCUUCCAGGUCAGCAUGAAGCUGUGUCCCCACGGCCUCCCCGAGACUCGUCCUUUUAUGCCCUUCUGCCCCGGCCGUGUGUCUGGGUCACCCCCGCUCUACUCUCAGCCAUGUGUAGCCUCUUGGACAACCUUGUGGCCAUCGCUCCACAAGACACGACAGCUGCCCUGCGACAGACCCGCCUCCUGGAGCGUCUCUGUGGUAUCGCAGAUUGCACCCUCAUAGAAAAGGGCGUCCAGGAACUCCGGAACCUCCUGCCAUCCUCGUCUCCAGGUGAACACACCCAGGCCCAGGUCUCCUUCCUCCUGGAGUUCCUGUCCUCUGUGUCCCAGCUCCUCCAGUCCUGCUUGCUGGUGGACCCGGCCCUGGUGGCUCAGGACGAGCUCCUGAGACCUUUGCUUGGGAACAUUGUUGGGGUGCUCAGCAUACACACGGAGGACGUGCCAGAUGCGGAGUUGACGGUGGCCCUUCGCUGCACGUGGACACAUUUAUUCAACCUCCUGGCUGUGCUGCUGAGGAAGGCAGGGCCCGUCUCUCUCGCGUGUGUCACAGAGGCGCUGGCCAGGCGCUGGGUGGCGGUGAUCGCUGUGCUGUGUAGGUGUGUGGGUCAUCCUGGCCCCGGCCCUGCCCUCUGCUCGGCCAGCCUGUACUUCCUCUCUGUUCUCCUGACCGAGGAGGCCAAAAGGCUUCUGCGGAGCAAGGGGAAAACCAACGUCAGCCACGGGCCGACCCUCACGUUUCUGCUGGACAACGUGGACAGGAGUGAAAGUUCCCUUCAGGGUUCCUCUCUGUCUCUGCAGAGCUAUGAAGGGAAGGCCGCCAAGGACCCCCUGAGGAGAGCUAGUGCCCACGCCCUGAUGUCCCUCCUGGCCGUGAGCAGACGGGCGCAGAGACAUGCGCUGGAAGCCGGUCUCGUGGACAGCUGCGUGGACCAGAUGAAGAAUGUCUGUGCUCAGCUGAACCUGGACUCCCUGCGGCCGGGACGAGCUGCCCUGAGGAGAAAGGAGGACGGUUUCAGUAAAGAGUUGAGCACCGCCAUGCAGCUCCUGAGAAACUGCCUCUAUCAGAAUGAAAAAUGUAAAGAGGCGGCUCUGGAGGCCCACCUGGUCCCUGUCCUGCACUCCCUGUGGCCCUGGCUUUUGAUGGAUGAUUCGCUGCUGCAGAUCUCCCUACAGCUCCUUUGCGUCUACACAGCAAAUUACCCAAGUGCUUGCAGCUCCUUGUGCUGGUCCAGCUCGGGACCGUCCCCCGCGCCGCCGGCCUGCAGAGGGGCCGCCAGCAGCUCGCUGAUGAUCCGUAUCCUCAAGCUGGCCUCACAGAUGCCGCUGGACAGCAGUGCCGUCCAGCACGCCGCCUUCACCUUCCUGUCCAACCUCGCCCUGUCCCACGACUGCAAGGGGGUCAUUCAGAAGAGCAACUUCCUACAGAACUUUCUGUCGCUGGCGUUGCCGAAAGGGAGAAGCAAACACCUCAGCCACACGGCUGUCCUGUGGCUCAAGCUGCUUCUCAACAUCUCACUCGGGGAGGACGGGCAGCAGAUGAUCCUGAGGCUGGACGGCUGCCUGGACCUGCUCACGGAGAUGAGCAAGUUCAAGUACAAGAGCAGGCCCUGCCUGCCCCUCCUCAUCUUCCAUAACAUCUGCUUUGGGCCCGCUAACAAGCCCAAGAUCCUGGCUAACGAGAAGGUCGUUGCUGCGCUUGCCACCUGCCUGGAAAGUGGGAAUGAGGACACUCAGCGCAUCGGAGCUGCCGCACUUUGGGCUCUGAGCCACAAUUACCACAAGGCAAAGGCAACUCUGAAAAAUCCAUCCAUAAAAAGAAGAGUGGACGAAGCAUAUUCCUUGGCAAAGAGAACUCUCACAGACUCGGAAGCUCACUCUCUCGAUGCCUAUUACAUACGAUGUCUGGAACACCUCGUGCAGCUGCUUAACUCCUCCUGA